CGGAAAUCAGCAUACCUCUCUAGGUACCUACCUUACCUUAUGCAUCUGGGACCGGGCAAGCUACAAUUUUGCAAGGAAUGGAAGGUGCCAUUUGUCAUUUCAAAAUAAUCCCUUGCUAGCACAGACCAUCUAUCCUCCAGGAACUUCUGGUCCCAAGGCGCUUCGCGACCCGCCCCCAAAAAAAAAACCACCCACCCCUGAAAACCUACAGCGUUCCCAAUCCGUAAUUAUACGCUACGCGCCCGCCGCGUCUGAUUAUGGACGACGAUGACAAGUCGAAAGUGCAUCUGGUCGACAAGGAGGGAAGAGCUGAGCCGGAGGUGAAGGGAAACGGAAUCGUCAAGAUGGAGGAGCCCCAGAAUUCCGCGACUGAUUCGGCGCAACGGUCGCGUUCGCCGAGCUCUAUGCCGAGGGAUGGUGAGACUAAGGCGGUCGACGGCAACAAGAUUUCACCUCGAACCGCCUCCCCCGACCCUAAAUCGACGCGCAAAAACCCCCAACAACUACCAAUGCGGACCUCAAAACUUUUCGGCCACCUUGCAGACGUUACGGAGGAGGCGAGCCGUGGCUUUGCAAUCCUUAGCGACUGCGUAUACGCCUCUAAAGCGCUGGGAAAUUCAGGCCAGGAAACACUAGAUUGUGACUGCGAAGAGGAUUGGCGCGACGGCAUCAACCAUGCAUGCGCCGAAGACUCGGACUGCAUCAAUCGCGUCACUAAGAUUGAAUGUGUCAGUGGGAACUGUGGCGACGGUUGUCAGAACCAGAGGUUUCAACGGAAACAAUACGCCAACGUUUCGGUCAUCAAGACGGAAAAUAAGGGUUAUGGACUAAGAGCAGAUACUGAUCUCGAGCCUAAUGAUUUCGUUUUCGAGUACAUUGGCGAGGUUAUUGGUGAGGAGCUUUUCCGCAGCCGCCUCAUGAAGUACGACACGCAGCGCUUAGAGCACUUCUAUUUCAUGUCCUUGACCAGGACCGAAUAUGUCGACGCCACCAAAAAGGGCAACCUCGGCCGCUUUUGCAAUCAUUCUUGCAACCCUAACUGCUAUGUCGACAAAUGGGUCGUGGGAGACAAGCUCCGCAUGGGCAUCUUUGCUCUGCGCGCCAUCAAGGCUGGGGAGGAGCUCUGUUUCAAUUACAAUGUUGAUCGUUACGGUGCGAACCCGCAGAGAUGCUACUGCGGCGAGUCAAACUGCAGCGGGAUCUUGGGUGGCAAGACCCAGACUGAGCGGACCACCAAGCUACCCUUGGCCAUGAUCGAGGCUCUGGGUAUUGACGACGGAGACCAUUGGGAGUCGAGCGUGAAGAAGCCACGAAAGAAGAAGGCUGGCGAGAGCGAGGAGGAAUAUGUCGGCAGUAUUCAACCUCGAAAGCUCGAGGAUGGCGAGGUUGGUGUGGUCAUGUCUACGUUGCGUUCUUGCAAGGAGAAGUGGGUCGCCACUAAGCUUCUGCACCGCAUCCUCGCCGUGGAUGAGGAACGCGUUCUGAACAGCGUUGUCAAAUUCCACGGUUAUGAGUAUUUGAAAACAACCUUGAACACCUUCAAGGACGACGAUGAAGUCGUCUUCCAAGUCCUCAACAUCUUGUACAAGUUACCACGCGUAACCCGAAACAAGAUAGACGAUUCCAACAUCGAGCCGCUUAUCAAGGAACUGAGCAAUUCUCAGCACGAAGAGAUAGCAGCCGAGUCGAAGAAACUACUUGAGGUGUGGAAGACACUGCAGGUCGGCUACAGAAUCCCGCGCGCCAAGGCCGAUCGAAGCGCUCGAGAUAAUGCAGGCUCCUUCUUUGAUGAUCGUCGGCAGCAGGCGCGGGAAGCUGCCUCUGCACCACUGCCAAGGGCACCAUCACCUGUGCGGAAUGCGCCAACCGGUCCCAGGAGCAGUAUGCCACAGCGUAACCCGCAUUACGUACCACCCAGGCGCAAGUACCCGCAACAACCUCCCCGGGAUGCUCCUGCACUACCGUCUGGAUGGCGUUCAGCGAUGGAUCAACGGACAGGUCGCCAAUAUUAUUGGGAUACCGCAAAUCCUGACAAGAAGUCGUGGGUCCGCCCAACUGCUGAGAUGGCAAAGGCCAACGCCGCCCUGCAGGCCCAAAAGAUUCAAGACAUCAUCAACCAGUGUGCCCAGCCAACCCCGAAACCAAGCUCUGCUACGCACACACCUCAACCCGUAGGCACACCAGUGGCGGAACCCAAGAGGGAGACUUGGCGAUCAUGGCCUGCUGAUAAACAACGAAGACUUUACGAGAAUACGAUUUUCCCUCACAUAAAAUACGUGGCCGACAAAUAUUACAAGAGGCUACCUAAAGAGGAUCUGAAAAAGUUUGUCAAGGAUGUAAACAAGACGUUGGCGGCGUCAGACUACAAGCAUGGCAGAGUCAAAGAUCCUAGCAAGGUUGAGGAGAAGCAGCAAAGCAAAAUCAGGAAAUACACGCGAGAUUUCCUCGAUAAGGCCGUGAAGAAACACGAGCUCCGGCAGGCAGAAAAGGACAGCACCAACAGUAAAAAGCUUGAAGAUGGACCUGGAGAGUCGUCUGGAUCAACAUUGUCGGGUGCAACAGAAGGCUCCAAGAUAUCGCCGCCGAACGCCGAUGCUGGGGUGCAAAGUACCAAUGAUAGUGCCCCAAGGUCGGUGGACAGCCCAGACUCGUCGGCCACGGAUCUGAAACGUAAACGUGGCGAAAGCCACGAUGUCGAGAACGUGGAAGGUGCAGCGGCCGAUUUGACGCCAGGCUAUACACCGUUAGCCAAGAGGGUGAAAGAGACAGACGUUGAGGAGCCAAGCCCUCCUCCUCCGCCACCGACGCCACCGCCCCUCGAUGAACUGGACGAUGCCGUUAGGAUGGAGGAGGCCACAGAGGGCCGGCGCCUGCGAGAGCACGAGGAUGAGCUCAGGCUUGAAAAUGAAGAGGCGCACCGAUUACAGCAGGAUGCGGUGGAGCAGAAGAGGCUGCGGGAACACGAGGAGGCGUUGGAGCGGGAGAAUCAAGAGACAUUACUUGCGCUACAGACAGACCAGCGUGGCACCGAGGCGGAUGGUGACAAGCCGAUGGCAAACAACGUCAAUGGCGCCAAGAUGGGGACAGUGAUGGUAUGAAUAACGCAUCGAUACCGGGUCUCGCAAGUCAGUCGAUAUCUGUUGGGUCAGGUCCGCGAGGGCGGGACCUGGCUCCUUGACGAUUAGCAGAGUCCUUUAAUCAAAUCUUGAAAACCAGAACGAAAAAAAAAAAAAAAAAAAAAAAUCUCAAAACACAAAACUAGGUAUCCCGUCUCUGCACCUUGUUUAUCGGAAUUAUUACACC